AUGGCAGGGGUGGCACUGGAUGAGCUUCGAGGCCCUUCCAACGCCAGCCAUUCCAGGUUCUGCAAUUCCUGCCACASCCGGGCCUAUGUGGCUCUGUGCCACAGCACGUGGUGCCAGCUGACAGCGCCCCCGCCAUCCCCGGACAACCCUGACCGCCCCGUCAUCUCAGUCACCCCUGAGCUCCCCGCCAUCCCCGGACACUGCUCAGCUCCCCCGUCAUCUCGGUCACCNCAGCCCCAGCCCCAGCCCCAGCACCAGCCCCCUCACCGUUCUCAUUUCCAGAGAUGCCGGGAGGUUCCGGGCAUUGCGCCGCACAACUUCGCCUUGAUAGCCAAGCCSUCCAAGAGACACGCCACCGAAAGGAAGAUUUUGGCUGACAGGGAGCGGGAGAUAGAUUGGGAUGAGGAAGAUCGAGACAUGAAAUUAUUAGAACGUCGCCGCAACAUCCGUGAGUGGCACAAGAGUCGUGAGGAGAAAUGGAUGCACCGGGCUGCCGAGAGGAAGGUCCGAGAAACCGUGCAGGAGUACCUGCGAGAGAUCGAUGUGAGAAGACAGAGGCUUCGUGACUUUCUGGAGGCAGAGGAAAGUAGGCACUUUGCUGAGGUGGAGGCACUUGAAGAAGAAAUGGCACAGGACAAAGAAGCAGAGAAAAAGGAACGAGUAAAAUUACUGAGAGAGCAGUGGGAGCAAGCAAGACUAAAAGUGGUGGCUGAAAAACGUGAGCAACAGUUCAGAGACCGAUGUGAGGAGUAUCGCGCACACUGUAAAAAAAGGAGUGAGAAGGAACUGGGUGACUGCCAACUGGCCCAGCAGACUCUGAAGCAGAUACAGAAAAAGGAAGAGAAGAUGCAGGAGCAGAAGUUGGAAGAGAUGUGUGAGAAGGAACUGUCGGCUAAGGAUGAGAAAGAGGAGCUGAAGGCGGAGGAAGAGGCAGCGCGGAUCCAGGAAAUGAUGGAUGUGCGUGAGGCCCAGGUGGCAGUGCACGAAGCUCGCAGAGAGGAGGCGAAGCAGCAGAUCAAAAAGGAGGCUGAACGGCUGGCAGAAGAGAUGCACAAACUUAGGGAAGAAGAGGAAGAGCUUGAAAGGAAGAAGCGGCAUCAAAAGAAGGAAYGCAGGGAGAUACUGCUCAAAGCAGUACAGGACAAGAAAAAACGUUCUGAUGCAGAAAAACAAGCUCAACUUGCUAUGGAAAAGAUGAUCUUGGAAAGAAAUUCUCAGAACCUCAGCAAGGAAAAUAAGGAGAAAACAAAAAACCGACAAGCAYUGUUAAGGGAGCAACUUGCUUACCUGGGACAUGUGGCUGAACAGCUGAGGAAGGAAAAAGAGCAAGAAAGAGAAGAGGAGAAUGUCCUCAAGGAAGAGAGGGAUCGGCUGUGGGCUGAGAAGAUUGAGAAAAUGAAACUGGACAGGGAGGCUCAAUUUCAGCUGCUGAGAGAAACUAUGCAYGCUAGACAAUUGCAGAUGGAGGAGAAGUUGCGCAAAAAAGCAGAGAGGCAAGUAGAAAUUGCUGAAGAGAAGAAGGCAGUGGCUGAAGCAGUUAGAGAAUACCAACGUGAAGAAGAAGAAAAACGUAUAAGAAAAAUACAGAAGGCCAAAGAAUACCGAGACCAGCUCACAUCUCAAAUUGCCUGUCAACAAYUGCUCCACAAAGCUGAGGAAGAGGARAGRAAGAAAGAACAUGAAUYAAAUAUGGAAGCAGAGAGGGAGUACCAAAAAAGGGUAGAGUUCCUUCUGUCAAUGCCCAAYGAGCCCACAGUAAAACCCCCCACAACAAAGAAAGCACUAAUGCCUGACUUACACAAAUCUCACUUACUAUGAUACUUUAGCUCACUCAAAAACAUUUAGCCUUUAAGCCUUCAAAAACAUUUUCUUAGGAUGCUUACACCUUAUUUGAGUUGGAAGAACUCUCUCAAACAUCUCAAACUCAAAACAUUUAAUUGGAAAUUACAAGAAACAUAGUAUUUUAAAGUUUAUUUUUCCCCCAUGGAUUUUUCUUUACAAACCUGAUCCAAUCCAAAUUCUUGACAUCUUAAUUCAAGAAUACUGUCUGACCUCUGCAGUAUAAUAGUAUAUUAUUAUGACAUGAAUACUGCACAGGCAUUCUUAAAAAUCUACACCAUGGAAAUUUGUAGAAAAUUUUCAGCAAACCAUUAAAAUGCCUU